AGAGAAAAAAUAUGACUUUUUUCAGGCCUUUGUUCUUCUUUCUUCUUACAUUUUUUGUCCUUUCAUCUGCUCUUGACAUGUCCAUCAUCAGUUAUGAUGAAAAACAUGCAGAUUUAGGGGUAACUAGUCAUCGUACAGACGAUGAAGUUAAGGGAUUGUAUGAAUCUUGGAUUGUUAAGCAUGGAAAGAAUUACAAUGCCAUUGGAGAAAAGGAAAAAAGAUUUGAAAUUUUUAAGGAUAAUUUAAGAUUCAUCGACGAGCAAAAUGCUGAAACCAGACCGUAUAAACUUGGGUUGAAUCGAUUUUCUGAUCUUACCAACGAUGAGUACCGUGCCGUGUUCGUGGGUGGACGGUUCGAUAAAAAGACGAGGCUGUUGAAGAACCCUAAAAGCGAACGUUACGCUUUUAAGGCCGGCGAAGAGCUGCCGGAAUCCGUUGAUUGGAGACAGAAAGGUGCUGUUGCCCCUGUUAAAGACCAAGGCCAAUGCGGGAGUUGCUGGGCAUUCUCGACGGUUGGUGCUGUUGAAGGAAUAAAUCAAAUUGUAACCGGUGAAUUAAUUUCCCUCUCUGAACAAGAGCUUGUUGAUUGUGACAAGAGCUAUAACCAGGGUUGUAAUGGCGGUCUCAUGGACUAUGCCUUUGAAUUCAUUAAAAACAACGGUGGCAUUGACACUGAGGCUGACUAUCCUUACCGUGCCAAAGAUGGUACUUGUGAUUCAAACAGGAAAAAUGCCCGGGUUGUCUCCAUUGAUGGAUAUGAAGAUGUUCCCAUAAAUGAUGAGAAGUCAUUGAUGAAGGCAUUGUCAAAUCAACCAGUUAGUGUUGCUAUUGAAGCUGGUGGCAGAGCUUUCCAGCACUACUCUUCGGGCGUUUUCACUGGAUACUGUGGAACACAAUUAGACCAUGGUGUAGUUGCAGUUGGCUACGGAACAGAUAAUGGUUCAGAUUACUGGAUUGUGAGGAAUUCAUGGGGUCCUAACUGGGGAGAAAGUGGAUACAUUAGGCUCGAGCGUAAUUUAGCUAAUAGCACUAGUGGAAAGUGUGGAAUUGCAAUGGAGCCCUCUUACCCUCUUAAGAAUGGCGCAAAUCCUCCUAAUCCCGGUCCAUCUCCUCCUAGUCCUGUAGCACCAUCAACCGUUUGCGAUGAGUACUAUAGCUGCACCGAGGGCACUACUUGCUGCUGCAUUUAUAAGUAUGGCGACUACUGUUUUGGCUGGGGAUGUUGUCCUUAUGAGUCUGCUACCUGCUGUGAUGACAACAACAGCUGCUGUCCACAUGAUUAUCCUGUCUGUGAUGUUAAUGCAGGCACUUGUCAAAUGAGCAAGGAUAGUCCAUUGAAUGUAAAAGCAUUGAAGAGAAGUCCUGCUACUGCUAGAGUAAACUGGUCAGGGAUAAAAUCUAACAGGAAAGUGAGUUAUGAUUGAGUAAUUUAGCAACUGCAGGUGAAAAGGGCAAAAGGCUCAUCAUGUUUAGAAGACCUGUUCAAUGUGUGGCCUUUGGGGCAGAUGGGCUGUUUCUGUCAUAUGUUGAUUGGUUUAGUUAGUAAUGUUCCUUUUUUU